AUGAGAUUUGAUAAAAGAUAGGAUUGUGGAAUGAAUUAAACGAAAAUUAUUGGACUUAAGUAUUUUAACUGAGAAUACUAUAAAAUAGGAAUAUCGAGUUAUAAAUAUAAUAAUUUAAAAAAAGUGUUAAUUCUAACUUAAAAUUAGAGAAGGUGGUAGAUAUAAUAAAUAAGGACAAAAGGGUGAUGAAUUAAUUAAUUUGGAUGGAUAUUGGGAUCAAUCAUAAAUCACAAACAAAAAAGGCGAAUAUAAUAUGAG